AUGGCCAACCUGGCGUGGAUAUCGCUGCUCUUGAUCUCGGUGUCCCAGGUGGCUCAAAGUAAGUUAGCCCGAAAUGUAUGGAGAACGCCCAGCGGAAACAAUAAGGACUUCGUUACUACUUAUUACAUUGGGUCUACAAUAACCAUUGACUGGUCUGGCUGGGAUUCUUCUUUCUUGAAUGAAGAUAUGAACGGCACGAGCAAAGCCGAUCUGUGGGUGAAUGCAUGGAACAUCAAUGUCUCCACAUGGUCCAAGAAGAUUUCAACUAGCACGAUAGAUGUUUCGUACUCAGGAACUUUCAAUUGGAAAGUUGCCAUUGAUGAGGAAGCGCUAUCAAAAACCAACGAGUACGGGCUCACUUUUAAACCAACCGGGGAAAGCUUUGCUCCCUCUAAGCCUCGAUUAUACUCCCCGGGGUUCUACGUGGAGUCCAAUGAGACGAGAUCCUCAUCUAUCCCGGCGUCCUCAUCUACCACGGCGUCCUCAUCGACCCCGACCACUACUCCAACCUCGGAAGCUGCAUUAUCUGAUACGGGUAGUCUCUCGACUGGCGCGAAAGCAGGAAUUGGCGCUGGCGUGAGUGUCGCUGGACUGAUGGUGCUGUCUGCGUUUGGGUUCCUUCUUUUCCGACGGCGACAACGGUCAUCACCGCAAGAGAUGACUGGAAGUCGGGAUCAAGCACCAGAUGGCAGCUCCUACAUGAAGGCUAAGCCAGUGCCGCAGGAGCUUUUCGCGCCACCGCCUGGGUCAGAAUUGACGACCAACACCCGAAGGGAGAUGAUGUGA